AUGACUGUGAACACCUCACUCACCGUUGUGUAUUGGACCUUCCUGCUGAGCGAUGCCUACUUCAAGUGGGUGAUGGAGCCAGAAGACAAACCCAAGAGGGAGGUGACCCCGGCCUGAGGAGGCGACAUGGACUGACUGAAUGAUGUUUUUAUUUUUGUUACUUUUUGCUUAGAGCUAGUCUGAAAGAGCCGCUUAGCUUGUAGUGCUUUCUGUGAAGUCAGCUUAUUUCCUUUUUUGUUUCAUCGGGGGAGAAGACUUGGACACAAUCAUUUGAAAUAAUUCCUGAAGUGGAAAAAUCCUGCAUGUAAGUGACAGAGGAGCCACUUUCACAGGUAACUCCACACUUUAUCUUACAAUUUUGUUCAGGAUUACACAUUGGUAUACAUCUCUUAAUUACUUUUCAGGCUUACAGUGUAAAUUAGUUUAUCAAACUGCAUGAAAUGUGAGUUUCAACAGGUGCUGCAGACGCUGCAAAAUGAAAUCCCCUCUCUGUUUUCUGUCUGCUGACUCAGAUAAAAGGUGUCGAUGCUGGUGAAAGUGUCAUGCGUAAACCAAAUCCUGGAUUACUAGAGAUCACCUUCACACUGACCAAUUCCUCUGAUAGCCAGAAGCUGGGAUACAUUUAGAGACCUCACACUGCUGUCAUAACACUUACUCGUCUUCCUUAUCUCUGACUCUCCCUUUUUUCCUAAAAUCCUUCAUUUUUAAACCUUUUUAUUUUCCUCGAUAACAUGUCGCAUGCCUUCUACUACGGUCUGCACCCAGUCUCUUGGUUUAUUCUUUUUGCCAAUGUUGCCGUUGCCAUCUUUGAGUGGCAGUUUCUCUUAACUCAGUUUUUCAAAAUUGCCAAAAGAAGCCAAGAAGCAGAGCCUAAACCCUAGAAGAAAUUUACAUCUUCAAGCUCAGCUGAGAUGAUCUGCGCAGAUGAGAAAAGUUGUUUACUAUUCUUGCCAACUUGUGGAGGAAAACCUGCUAAUGGUGGGAUUUUUGGUUCGCUGUGUCAAAGCAACCACCGUUCAAGGAAUUUUGUUGGCUUUGAUUCAACUCUCUGCUAUAUUUUUGUUAUUUUCACAGAACCAUUCGUUCAUGGCUCACCCCAGUCUGAAAGUCCUUUCAUUCCCAAGUACUAAGAAGAGAAAUGAAGAUCAAUUUCAAGCUUUGAAUACAAGGUAAGGCCCUAAAACUUGACAUCUUUAAUAUUACUUCCAUUGGUUUCUUUCCAUCUUUUGCAUUUCUCAAUAAUUUAGUUAGUUUUAUUCAUUCGAUUUGACGGAGUUUGCCCACUCAAAAGGAUAUUUAUUAUUUAUUGGCUUAGUAGUAUUUGGAAACAUUGCUGCUCAGCUCCAAAGUAAGAACUGAGUCAUGAGAACAAAGUGUCACAACAGUGAAUUACAUGACAGGACUGUACUAAGAUGUGAACACUGGAACUGCCAGGCUUAUGAUGAAUAACCAUACAGUGAUGCCACUUUGAACAGACUGGAUUCACUUUAAUAUAUGUCUCUAUUAAUAGAUUGAUGUAUGCAAUGUAGUCACAGAGGACCAUAAGCCUCUUUGGUGUAUUACUGUCCACCUCUCCUCGCUCAUAUCUCUAAUCCCUGUAGAUGGAAAGCUGAUAUUACUUUGUGACAGACUCAAUCCUAUUAACUCUGUCUGUCCUAUAUUCACCUCUCCACUGGCUCACACACCUCACUCCCCCUGGAAAUAUAACCCAGGAACCCCUCUACAGAGGACUAGAAGGAGGAAUGCUGGGAGUCUAGACUAAAGAUUAGGAGAAUUGGCACACUUAUGGCGACACAUUCAACACAUUUUUGAGUCACUGUCACUCAAAGGAAAAUGUGCUCUUUUAUUUCUAACCAUCUUAACAUUUCCAUCUAUCAUCCAUCUAACCUUUCCUCCUAUCUUCGGUAAAUGUAAAAUGUCUAAUUCUCGACUAUUCUCCUUCCUUGUCUCUGUUGCACCUCUAUCACUGUUUUUUAAAGUUUCCACAGAGCUUAAAAGACUAAAUCUGCUUGUCAAACUCUACAAUGAACCAACAACCACUUGUGUCCCUGAAUGCCUCAAGAGGAGCUCAGCUUUCAAAUCUCACAAAUCCAAUGUUUGAACACCGACAGCUCCUCCAAAUGAAGAAGGGAGAGGAAGCCUACUUUGUUGACUACAUACCUCCAGCCAGAGAUGCAAUAACUCUGCCGCACAAUGUGAUUUAUGUCCUGGUUGGGAUUGUUCUGGUUAUAGUGGCCACUUAUGCCAUAGUAGGACAUCUGAUUAAAGAUCUGAUGCAUGAUUUGGCAGGUAACACCCUGGUUGGUGUCGUCUCCUUCCCGUUCUCUCCUGCUGCUCUUGUGAUUUGGUGUCUUUUGAGUCCUUUUUCCUCUCUUAAAUCUCAGGCCAAGGCUGCAUCAGUGUUUUGUCUUUCCUUUUUUUCUCCUAUUUUCAGGGGAGCACGUUCCUCAAUGAUCCUUUUUCACAUUCACCCUGAUGUAUGAGUACAGAUAUAAUUCUUCCCAGCAGUUUUCUUGUGGCACCAUUAGGAUGAAUGGCAGAAACGAUGAUUACAUUUGACUACUGAGCGCCAUUAACGUCAUGACUUUAUGAAGUGCUCUUAUAUUUUUUGGUUGCACCUCAGCAAGGUUAUAGAAGGCCAAAAAAUACCCCAUACUUUGGCUUCUUAAAUACUAGAUCCUUCAUUUCUUUGCACAAAAGAAAUGAAAUAAAACCACAAAGAACUACCCUCUAUCCCACAGCUUAGUAUGUUUCUGUCCAUCAAAAAAAGAAAAAGAAACAUCAAAGCUUCCCAAUCCCCAGUUCUCCCUUUGUAAAAUGGACUAAACAUCUUUAAAAUUAGCGGAUUACCCCUUUAAAACAGACAGAAAAUCAGAUUGUUUUAUUCAUUUCUUGUGUUUUUUUCCUCCUCACAGACUGGAUUCUUGGCCCCAAACCAGCGGAGGAUGA